UUUUAUUUACUCUUUAUUUUCCACUUCAUUUAACAUUUACACGUUUCUCUCUCUCUCUCCCCCUUCACUUCAUUCUUUACUGUAAAACUCUUCGGGAAAGAGAGAUUGGUCUACAUUUCAGAUUGAGAAAAAGCAGAUUCAUGAAGGGGCUAGUAAUGCUAAUUUUGUUGUCGGCACUAAGUCAAAGUAUAGAACAUAUUGAAGCUCAAUUUGAUGGUGAAUGCAAAUUCAACAAGCCUCUGGAUCCCAGACCUCACAGUGCAUCGGUGUUGGAUUUUGGGGCUGUGGGUGAUGGAGAGACUAUAAAUACAGUGCCGUUCCAGAAUGCCAUUUUCUAUCUCAAGUCCUUUGCUGACAAAGGCGGGGCACAGCUCUAUGUUCCAGCUGGCAGGUGGCUGACCGGAAGCAUAAAGCUUACCAGUCACCUUACACUCUUCCUCGAAAAAGAAGCCGUUAUUCUGGGAUCACAGGAUUAUGCUCAUUGGGAUAUAGUUGAAGCCUUACCCUCUUAUGGUGGAGGUAUUGAAGCACAAGGUGGAAGAUAUCGCAGCUUGAUUUCAGGAAAUAAUCUAAUUGAUGUUGUGAUAACAGGUAAUAAUGGAACUAUUGAUGGUCAGGGUUCUAUAUGGUGGGAGCAGUUCAGUGCACAUUCGUUAAAUUAUACUCGACCACACCUUUUCGAAUUUGUUAGCUCCAAAGAUGUUGUCGUUUCAAACUUGACCUUCCUGAACGCUCCGGCCUGGAAUAUUCACCCGGUAUAUUGUAGUAAUGUGGUGGUUCAGAACAUAACAGUUCAUUCUCCGGCUAACUCCCCAUAUACCUAUGGGAUAGUCCCAGAUUCUUCUGAGCAUGUAUGCAUUGAGAACAGCAACAUUAGCAUGGGUCAUGACGCCGUUGUUCUUAAAAGCGGUUGGGAUGAGUAUGGAAUUUCCUAUGGGAAACCUACCACAAGUGUCCAUGUUCGAGGGGUUAGGCUGCAGUCUUGUGCAGGUUCUGCCUUGGCUUUUGGUAGUGAGAUGUCUGGCGGUAUUUCCAAUGUACUAGUAGAGCAUGUUUACCUACAUGACUCCCUUUUCGGGAUUGAGCUGAAGACGGCAAGAGGAAGGGGUGGUUAUAUCAAAGAUAUUAUCGUUACAGGCGUGGUUAUGGCAAACGUGCAAGUGGGAAUCGAGGCCACUGGUCAUUGUGAUUCUCAUCCAGAUGAGAAAUUUGAUCCCUCUGCACUUCCAGUUGUUAGUGGCAUCACUUUUGAGGACAUUGUCGGCACAAAUAUUUCCACAGCAGGCAAUUUCUCUGGAUUAUCUGAAUCUCCCUUUACUUCAAUAUGUCUAUCAAACGUCACCUUUUCCGCUUCUACCAACCCUACACCAUGGCUAUGCUCUGAUAUAUCUGGUUCUUCUCAAAAUGUGUCUCCUGAUCCAUGUCCCGAGCUUCAGAACUCAUUUUCCGGUACUACUUCAACUUGCUUCGCCCUCUUGCACCCUUAUAGUCAAGUUGCAAUUUCGUAAACAAUUCACUUCCUUGCGCCAAUACAAACGAGACACAUUUCAACUUCCAGUUCUGUUGUACAAUUCUACAAUAAGAUUGCUGAUUGUUGCCUGUGUAUAGCAUCAGUUUCUUCAUUCACAUAGGUAGUAAAUUCAGAUGAGGUGUUUGUUUCUUGUCAUUUGUUCAUUUGAUUUUCUAGUCAUUUGUUUUACAUUUGUAAAUUAGAUAGCAAUUGGUUAAUGCUGGAUGGUUGAAGAAGGGAUGUUGUAGUUGAUUGUUAAUAACUUUUUUUUCUCCAUUUAAUUGAAUUGAUAUUUUAGUUCCCAA